AGUGUUCCCAACGUCUCCCCUUCAAGCGCCGGUGUGUAUUGUACGUAACUUUCCAAUAACUAGUCAAUAAUUCAGUUUGUCCUAAGGAAGGCGAACCUUAAGUUCCGUCUCUGCCAAAUUUGAUAAAAUCUCCCAACUUUUUGGUAAAUCACUUCGAAUUAUAGACAUAACACUAAUCAUUUAGUAAAAAUGAUAGUAAUUAUUAAUAAGUUUAAACGAUAGUUUUUUACAGUGGUGGGAUUCAGCCAGUUCGCACCACUUCGGGAGAACCGGUUGUUAACUGGUUUGGCAAACCGGUUGUUGGAAGAAAUUAUUAGGGCAGAGAACCGGUUGUUAAAUUACUUGAAUCCCAUCACUGGUUUUUUUAUAUCCCUGUAAGCGGCCUUGAGUCGCCAUGUGCGAAUAGGCGGCAAUAUAAAUUUUCUAAGAAAUAAAUAAAUGUAUUCAACUUUUAUCCCGCCCAACUCACGGACCCGGGAGGCUCAUAGCAAUCGAAGAAAUUACUGACCAAUACAAUCAAGAUACGGCACAGGCAGAAGUAGAAAUCGGCAUUUAUUUAUGUAUUUAUUUAUUUAAUUAAUUUUACAUCACCAACGUCUGAAUUCCCGCCUGCGAAACCCAAGCGUCCCUCCGUUUAAAGACUACAAUUCCCGAAAGGCAGCGAGCUUGGUCGGUGAGGCACGCCGGGAAAUGGAGGACAGGACCAGAUUGCUUUGAGCGGGCAUUGAACAGGCAGUUACGGAAGCCGAGGAAGCAGGAUUUAAACUCGUUAUUGGAAAACGGCCUGGGUGCUCAAGGCCCUUUUUGUACCUUAGGUGGGAUUCCGCGGCAGGCUUUCACGCAACCGGGAUGGCUUUUGCACCACGUGAUCUUUGAGGAGGAGCCGGCAGUGGGUCAUUCGCCGGGCGUCUACCUUGCUAACCGGCGGCAUGGCCGCUUGGAGGGCACCGCGUGGGUUUAAUUCGCUCCUGGAGAAAGAGGCGGGCUACUGUAUCUUGCAUCGGAGAAUUUCAGCGGUUUGUGCGGAGUUCAGCUAGGUAAUUGAUUUCCAGAUCUAGAGCAAUGUGCUUCGUUAGACGCGAAGUCGAGUACAUCGUGUCAGAAGGUCCUAUCCCCGCUUCUGCGUAAUUUCCAUUGUCAAAGUCAGAAAUGAAGAAAGAAGUCCUGGGUGCCCUUGGAAGAAGCCCAUCCAAAUGACGAAUAUGCUUUGCCUAAGACGUUUUUAUCCAAUUGCAACAAGAUGUUUUAACUGUCGAACUUGGAGCAGCGACACUUUGUUGAACCAACUCAAUAACUUUACAAACGAACACCAAGUGUUCAGUCUUGUUUCCAAGAACAGAGCCAGACUCUCUGAAAAACAUGUGAAAAGUGCAAUUAAGAAACUUGUGCAAGUUCAAAAGAAGAGACCCUGGCCCUCGGAAACUAUGGAUUAUAUAAGAAGUCAUUCUCAGUUUUUUGUGCUUCGCAUCUUGGCAGAAAAUAAGAUUGAAUGUAUGGAUAAUGAAGCAUUGAUGGAUGUGUUAUAUAGUGUGCUCUGGUUUGGUGUUGAUGCCCAUGACUCACUUGUAGAAGAGUUGGUUAUAGAAGGCUGGAAGCGAUUAAACGAACUAACUCCACCUCUGCUGUCUAAAUUUUCAUUGUGUUUACAUGAUCAACAUCUACAUCGUAGUCCGCUCAUGGGUGAAAUAGCUAAUGUGGUAGAUAAGAAAUUGGAUUCCAUACAGGAUUCAAGGGCUUUGUCCGUUGUAAUGAACUGCAUAUCUCCAGUUAUUUCAUGGAAUUUUAAAAAACGGUUAAUAGAAAAAGCAGAUGGCUUGUUUGAAAGAACAAACAUCUCAGUCAAUGAUGCCAGGCGAUUUGUACAGUUUCUCCGGAAUAUCAGUUUUCCGCACUGGCCGCUGCUGAAAAAAUGUAACAGUGUUUUUGUCCAGCAUUCACAUGAGUUACGUGUUGAGGACAUUUCUAUCAUUCUUGGACUCUACCAGAAUUUACAAUUCUACAACACCGAAUUUAGAUUACUUGCCAAAGAAAAGCUGAUAGAAUGUAAAGAUAAUUGCAGUAGUCCUUUGAACGUCAUGCAACUGUUCAUUCAUCUUGCACCCAUAGUACAGCAAGAGAUGCAAAAAGAGUUAAGUGAAAAGAUCCUACUAAUCGCAGAUGAUUUGGAUCGGUACCAAACAUUACUUGUGGCAGAAAAAAUGCAAGAAGUAUACAGAAAUCCACUACUGAUUCAAAAGAUUGUAACCCUCUUUCAUAAAUACUUGGAUCAGUAUAAAACAUAUGAACUCUUGAGAGUGACAAAUGUGCUAGCCAUGCUGCAUUGGCCCAAAUCUGACAUAUAUUCCAAAUUACAAGAAUUGUCAAUCUGCCAUUUACAAGUUAAAAGAACCCCCGCUGAUGUCCUCAUGCUGGUUCAUGUUCUUUCCAAUCUCCCUUUUCCUUAUGUGGAUGAAGCUGUAGUUACUCAAAUAGAUGCUGUCCUACCUCAGUGCAAUCUGAAGCAACUCAAUAGCUUUACCGUAAAUAUCCUAAAAUGGAUGAAACUUCAUAAACCAAAUCAGAAAAGCUAUUCUGGACCAUAUAGGUCACUUUUGCAAAAAAUUAACAGUUGCGCAUUUCAGAGACUUGAGACAAUGAACAAUUUGGAUCUUUUACUGAAGGAAUUCAAAUACUUACAUGGGAAAUGGUUUCAAGAAGUGCUUCUCGAGAAGACCAUGGUUGCUUUACAUCAGUUGAGAGAUCAGAUUACGCCGUCAAAUAUAGUGAAGUUUGCAUCCUUUCUCAUUGGAACCAACUACCGCUCUACACUGUUACUGGACAGAAUAGCUGCAGUUGCCACUGAACAUACUGAUCAGAUUUACUAUUCAGAAAUACAUGUUAUUCUUGUUCUAUUUUCUUUAUUUAAUUAUGAACCCCCUGAAGCUGAGAAAUUUUUUGAGGCUUGCAUUAAUCAUAUCAGUCUUCACUUGGAACUUUUUGAGCCUUCUCUUCUUGUAUUGCUUGGUUACGCUUUGGCUUCUUCUGGGUAUUUUCCACAGAAAGUGAUAAAGGCAAUAUUUAAUAUAGAGUUUCUCUCCAAGUUGGAUGCUGAGCUUCAAAUUCUACCAUGGAAAUCAGCAAGAAAGCCCACCCUACAGCUGAUGGAGCUGAAUCGAGCUGUGUGUUUGGAGUGCCCCGAGCUUCAGAUUCCAUGGUUUCAUAAACGCUUUUGUGAACAGCUGAAGGAAAAAAAGACUGAUUCGUCCAGUCUAUUGCAACAGCAGAUAUAUAUACUACUUGGAGAAAUCCUAGGAAAAAGCCAUUAUGUCAGAUGUUCUGUACUCACUUCUUACUACUAUAGAAUUGAUUUUGAAUUUAUGAUUGACAAAAACAGGAAACCUGUUCCAUAUAUAGACCAACAUGUUGUCACUCCUAAUUCAGACAACAUAGGUUGUUCAGAAGCUAGUCACUCCUGUGGAAAGAAAGGACUACCACCAGGAUUUCAAAGGAUUGCUGUGGAAUUCCUUGAUUCAGAAGCUUUCUGCAAAAAUUCAAAUCACGUCAAAGGAUAUAUUGCCAUGAAAAAGCGGCAUUUAGAGAUUCUUGGUUAUCAAGUUGUUCAGAUCCCUCACUAUGAAUGGAAUUCCAUGGGAUUGUCAUCCACGGAAGCAAAGACUGAAUAUUUAGAAAAGAAAGUAUUGGGAAAAGCUUUGAUAUCCUAGUAUGGAGGGGGGAAAAAACAAUUUUUUAUACGGACUGUAACAUUGAAAAUUAAUUAUUUUUCAGCCUUCAAUAAACUUAUUUUUUUUUUAACAUAAAGACUAUGUUGCAUCUGGAGAUAUCCAUAUUUGGAAUUGCAAAGGGCAGUUUGCACAAUUUACAUUUCUUGCACGAGGCGUGACCGUUUUUGGCCCGCCCGUCCUGACAAAUUACCUAAGGCAUAGUUAUAUCAAUUGACUACUAGGCUGCACAGCAUAUGAGCCUAUCCUUGAGGAGUGCUUAGAAGUUGCUUUUGUUGCAAUAUCUAAUAACUAGGCUGCUACCGAUUACCCAAUCUAUCAUCCUCAUGUUAGAAGACUUGCAAUAGUUGAUAUCUGACGUGAGGCACAAUUUAAGGUAUGUAUUUUCCCUGCUAACACCCUAAAUGUCUUCUGACCUGACUCCUGUUUUAUUAUAAACUUCUCCAGGAAUAAAAGGUAGCUGAAGGGCCACUGUUAAAGAUAUCCCACUAUUGGCCAUUCAGGGAAGAGCUUUCUCAUAUAACUCCUGAGCCAUUGGAAAGCUGCACUGCUAUUGAUUCAGUUUGAACUGCCAUUCAUAAUUAUUUAUAACGCGAGGCUUACUUUUUAUGGUUAGUUGCCUUGCAUAGGCAAGGCCAGCCAAGCAGAAUUAUUUAUUUAGGUCCGGGGUGUUAAACCGGCAGCCCAUGGGCUGGAUGCAUCAAGUGCAGGCCACGUCCACCCCGGCUCCGCAAAGGCAAAAAAGUCAUACAUCACGUGAUGUCACCGAGUUUGACACCUAUGAUUUAGGGGCUCAAUUUAUUAACCAUCUUGAUAGCCAAUAGGUAUAUAUAUUGGGAAGAACAAUUCAAAAUAGGCUAACCUAGCCAACUGUAAGGAUGUCUACAUAUCCCCCAGCAACGUAAACAACAUACAUUGACAGAAUCACAAGUCAUCCCAUCCCGUAUCCUGUUGAAAAGGCUGGGUCUUUUUUCCCUAAAAUUCAAGAAACGUAUGUGGAACCUUGUUUCAAAAGGCAGGGCCAGCCACAGAGAAGGCACAUUUUGGGAGUUCAACCAGUUGGAACCUGGAGAUGAUUGCUUCUGGCAGUUCUUAUUGAUGGGCAAAAAUAACCAGACAAUAGUAGGCUUCUUAAGUGAGUCACUACAGGUAGUCCUCAGCCUGCGACCACAAUUGAGCCCAAAUUUAUGUUGCUAAGUGAGAAAUUUGUGGAGUGUGUUUUGCCCCAUUUUACAACUUUUCUUGCCAGUUGUAGUGAAUCACUGCAGUUGUUAAGGUAAUAACACAAAUGAAUAGUGAAAUGUGAAAUGAAAAACACUAUUUUUUACAAUAGUGAAAAACACUGAAAUUACUAACAGUGAAUUAUAUUUUAAUUUUUUUAAAAAAAGAUUCCAUAUAUUUUUAAAUGCCCAUAAUGUUUGAUGCAAGCUGUUUCCAGAAUUCUUUUUUCUUGUAUAAGAAAUGAAAUUCUACCAUUCCUUGUAAAAUAAUGAUUCACUACUUUGGCUUGGCAUACAAUUGACUGAUUGAUUGAUUUUUCAAGUAAAGAUCUUAUUCUAUCACCUAGCCAUUGAAAUAUCUAUUUCCAUUGUUCAGCAAUAACCUAAUUGGUGAUAGAUAUAAAAACGUAAUGAGUUAUUUUUCAAUUUCUUAUCCCUGGCCACCAAAUAUGUGUAGCAAACCUAACUUUGGCAAAAAUUGACUCUAUUGAUUAAUUAUGUAAGACAUGUAUUUAAGAUAAAUAACACAAUGUGAAAGAAUGUUCCUUUUGACUGAUGUUAACCUUGCUAACAUCUCAGUAAAAAUUGAAAAAAUAGAUGUCAGAUUGUUACUGAAGUUUGAUGUUACCAAUGUGAAAUUUAAGAAGUUAAUUCCUAUAUAAAUUCUGAUUUAAAAAAUGUUCAUGCUGUCGUACAGACUCCCAAACAAUACCAUCAAAUUGUUCUUCUAAGUCAGGAAUGUCAAACACUAUUUCAUUGAGGGCUGCAUCAGGGUCGUGUUUGACCUUCUGGGGGACGUGGCCAGGGUGGGCAUGGCCAGCUCGACAUCACUUUGCUGGGGACACCUGUGGUGGCCCAAGAGCUCUGCCAGCAAAAACGAGCUCCCAAACUCCGUUUUCGCUGGCAGAGGGACCGUGAGCCAAUCCUUCACUGUUUCUAGGGUGGCCCCAUGGGCCAGAUCUAAGCACCCCGCAGGCCAGAUUUGGCCCCCGGGCCUUGAGUUUGACACCCCUGAUCUAAGUCCCAGACUUCGUUUAGUCCUCACCGCAAUCUAUUUCAGAAAAUCAGAUUCAAAAUUACAUCCUUAGGUUCUGUAGGGGAAAAAAAUACAAUUUUUCAAAGAGAGAGAGUUGCCUCGGAUUUUUCCUCUUUUUUUGUAAUAUUCAGUUGAUCUGCCACUAAAAUUGUGGGAUUUUUUGUUCCAAUUGCUGGUCAUAAUUUGUUUAAUUUACAGUACAUCUGAGUUUUUGUAGAUUUUUUUUAAUUUUAUAAAGACUUUUCCUUUUGCAAGACUUCAGUUGUAUCUACGUAGUCCUAGUUGUAUAUAGUCCUUUGUCAUAAUUUGGGUAGCUUAUCAAUAGAAAUGGAGGUGAGAUGCCUGGAAUAAAAUCUGAAAACUUCAUCCUGGAAAUUCAGCAGAUUAUUAUGCUUACAUAAUUCUGUUGGUGAUUUCCAUUUUUUUAAAUUUUGGAAAGGUGUUACUCAGAUUCUGUAUAUGGUAUGUUUAGGUACUGAUUAUCUUGUAUUAAGAAAGCAGUACUUCAAAUGUAUACCAUCAUGUUAGAUUCUGGGAUAGGUGUGUGUGUGUGUAAAUCUUACAAAUUCAGUAUUGAUAUUAACUAUCUUAGCAAUUAGUUGACCUUUAGAGUCUUGGAUUGAAUCUCCCAUGCUAAAUAUGAACUUUCCAUUGUUACCCUUCAAAAAUCUAUGCACUUUAAACCAGGUUUUUUAAAAAAUUAUUAGUGCCUAGAGCAAAAUACUGUUUAUUAAAUAUUUUGUUUUUGGUAUUAUGUAUCCUCUUACGUUUCUUGUAACUUAACCAAAGAUUGUGCAUAACUAAAUAUUCUAUUUUUUUUACUGUAUCCCCCAAUCUUCUAACUUCCCAUGAAAUAUAUGUACAAGUAUCAGCCAUAAAAAAUAACAUCGUUGCUGCUUUUGGAUACUCUGUGCCGUUCGAAUUUAUUCUGAGUUUGUAAGAAUAAACCAUUUGUUGCUUGUGCCAGUGACAAUCUUCUUGCUGUGAAGAUUGAAGCCCCGAGCUCUUGUCAUAUCCAUCCCCUCCACACACAUCUUCCCCUUUAACAAUCCCCAAGCUCUUAAUACCCUUGUUUCCCCACAUAAGAGCUCCUCCUUCCUUUCAAUCUUAGACUAGGGAUUGUAGGCCCACAAGGGAUCACUCUCAGCCCCUUCAUGCUCUAAGCAGGGAAGGGUUUUGCUGCUUCCUCAUCCUCUUCAUGGUUUGUGCAACUGUAUCUGAAGGCCUAAAGAAUUGAGCCCUUUGAACUCUGGUGCUGGAGAAGACUCCUGCGAGUCCCUUGGACUGCACGGUGAACAAACAAGUCGCUCCUAGAGGAGAUCAACCCUGGCUGCUCUUUAGAAGGCCAGAUCCUAAAGAUGAAACUCAAAUACUUUGGCCACCAAAUGAGAAAGAAGGACUCGCUGGAGAAGAGCCUAAUGCUGGGAAAAACUGAGGGCAAAAGAAGAACGGGACGACAGAGAACGAGGUGGCUGGAUAGAGUCACUGAAGCAGUAGGUAUGAGCUUAAAUGGACUCCAGAGGAUGGUAGAGGAUAGGAAGGCCUGGAGGAAUGUUGUCCAUGGGGUUGCGAUGGGUCAGACAUGACUUCGCAACUAACAACAAUCUGAAGGCCUGUUGCCAGCGUCAGAAGGAACGUUCUUCAGGAUUUGUUCAUAUCCUAACAUGGUAGAAAUUACCUCUUUAUCGAUUUCCAAAUUACAAGUUUGAAUAGAAAUCUCAAUUUUAAACAAAUCCCCAUUAAGCUGUUAUUAAUACUUUCAGAGAUGCGCACUAAAUCUGUUUUUACUGAAAUAAAGGACUUUUCCCAUUUCUACUUCAGCUUAUAUUUAAAUCUUUUAAAAAGUUUGGUAGACUUAGACUCCUCUUUGGGAUGGUAGCAGUUACACAAGGAGGUACUGGCACUGUCUUACUGGUUUCACCUUUAGUGGGGAAUCUUCUCUUGAGGGUAACCAAAUGUUAUUAACAGGAGGCCCUAUUUUGGUCUCAUGUUCCUCUUUUCCACGGGGAGGGCUGCCAAUUGGGGGGGGGGUUUGCUCUUUCAUGUAUGCUUUGAUCCCUUUAGUUUGUUGUGAAACACCUCUCUUAGAUGGCUUAUGUUUCUUAAAUGCUUUAGAAGGGAAUUCAGUGCAGAUAAGUCGUUAAUAAUAGUUGCUGAUGCUGAAUAGGGCAAGUUGAGGGACAAGCAAGGCAUUUCAGCCAUCUUCCCAUGAGGCUUUAAAGGUUGGCUGUCUGAUGUGAGAAACCCUUUGUCAUACCCAUUUCUUGAUGUUCCCAGAGCUGAUUGAGAGCUACUGAACUAGAAAUGGCCAAAAGUAGUCAGUAAACAUCACCAUAUUUUAGUAGAAAGUCAAUCCAUUUCCUACAAUCUGAUCCUCAGAACAAGUUCUAAAGUCAGCUGAAAUGUAAACAAAUGACAGGUGGCAUAAACAAGAGAGAAGGGAAAUCCUAAUCCUUUUUUAUAAUCAGAGUGGCCAUAUUUAAACUUUGAUAUUUAUUUUAAAACCGAAGGGUCCGAGACAAAUUGUUGUUAAAUUCAGUUUUAUUUACUGCUGUCUAUAGCCAAACUUAUUCAUAUAGUUAGUAAAUAUUGGGAGGAUCUAAUACUCAACAGAAGUUAAUAGACAUUUAAGACAAAAUACUUAAUUGAAGUUACCAAUCGCUGUACAAGGUAGGCUUACACAACAAAACUAGAGACUAUUUUUUU